UGCCCGUACCCGGCGAUGGGGCGGGUGCUGGUGGUGGGCGCGGGGCUAACGGGCGGCGCGUGCGCGGCGCUGCUGCGGGGGGCGGCGCGCGCCCGCCUCGCCGUCUGGGACAAGGCGAGAGGCGCAGGGGGCCGCAUGAGCACGAGCCGCCGCGCCGCGAGCGCCGCCGACCUGGGCGCGCAGUUCGUGACCAUCGAGGCGCUCCGCGCGGGGCCCCGCAGCAGCUUCUACGAGGAACUUCUGUCUCAUGGCAUCUUGAAACCGCUGACUGCACCCGUUGAAGGAAUGAUCAUGAAAGAAGGCUCGUGCAAUUACGUGGCGCCCCAGGGCAUCUCCUCGAUUGUCAAGUAUUACUUAAAUCAGUCGGGUGCGGAUGUCUUCUAUGAACACCACGUAACUCACAUCUCUCUCAAGGAUGGGAAAUGGGAAGUCUCCAGAGAAACAGGACCACCGGAAGUGUUUGAUAUAGUUAUUCUCACAAUCCCUGUUCCACAAAUUCUUCAGCUGCAAGGUGACAUUGUAAACAUAAUUAAUGAAAGUCAGAGGCAGCAACUGGAAUCUGCGAGCUACUCCUCCCGCUAUGCUCUGGGACUUUUUUAUGAAGCUGGUACACGGAUUGAUGUCCCCUGGGCCGCACAGUACAUCACUGAUAAUCCCUGUAUACGCUUCAUCUCCAUCGAUAAUAAGAAACGCAAUAUAGAGUCUCCUGAAAUUGGGCCCUCAGUUGUAGUUCACACAACUGUGACAUUUGGAAGCGAGAACCUGAAUUCAGACCCUGCGGAAGUGCAGCAGUUAAUUCUCAGUCACCUGGAGAAGAUUGUGCCAUCCUUGCCAAAACCAGCCAGCAUCAAGUUUCAGAAAUGGAGAUACUCUCAGGUUACAAAAGCUGUUCCCAAUUGUCUGGGGCAAAUGAUUCUUCAUACUCAACCUCUCCUGAUUUGUGGGGGCGAUGGAUUUACUCAUUCCAACUUUGAUGGCUGCAUAGAUUCUGCUCUGAGUCUUGCAGAAGCUGUGAAGUGUCAUUUGUAGCAAUUUCAAAGUCAGCUGCUAAGUCUGGAUUUAUGAUGAAUUUUACUAUGACGAAUUGAAUUCUAGUUUAGUAUUAACAUCACUGGCCUCUAUCUUGCAAAAAUAAAUAACAGAAGAUCUAUUGGUGUGCCGU